GAGCGCUCGCGGCCGCGCAACGCGCUCGAGCGGCGGGAGUGGACCACCGAGGAGGACGACAUCAUCCGGUCGGGCGUCAAGCAGUUUGGCUACCGGUGGCGCCGCAUCGCCUCGCUGCCGCAGCUGCAGGGCCGCUCGGACGACGCGGUCCGGAACCGGUGCGCCGGCGAGGACGGCGGCGGCGGCGCCAAGCGGGAGCGGAUCGGUUGGACGCAGGCGGAGGACGCAAUCAUCAUCUCCACAGUGCGCGAGAUUGGGCACAAGUGGUACCGCAUCGCGCAGCGCAUCCCUGGCCGCACCGAGCACGCCAUCCGCAACCGCUGG